GCGAGCGGGCGGGCGAGCGAGCGGGCGAGCGGGCAGGCGGGCGAGCGCGAGAAGUCCAACUACGGGAGACCGAGGCAGUGGGAAAAGAGGCCGCCACUUUGCUAAGCGGCUCGGCUGCGGAGAACGGACUGGUUGAAUGUGGCAGAGGCGCGUCUCGCUGGCGCGGCCGUGUGUGUGUGUGUGUGUGUGUCUUGGUGUGUGUCUCGGUGAGUGUGUGUGUGUGUGUGUGUGUCGGUGAGUGUGUGUGUGUCGGUGUGUGUGUGUCGGUGAGUGUGUGUGUGUCGGUGUGAGUGUGAGCGCGCGCCGAGAGGCCUCCCUCCGCGACUCGCACCGCGCACACGCACCCGCACACGCACGCACACCCGAACCGCGGCGGGGCCGGCGGCCGAGAGUUUGCGUGUGUGCUUUCCCCGCUCGCCACCUCCCCCGCUCGCCGCCGCCGACUGUGGGAGAAUUUCCUAGAGAUCGCCUCCAAUUUCCGCCAUUUUGGGAAAGUUGCACGAAAAAAAAAAAAAAAAAAGAAAGAAAGAAAUAAAGCCUCUGCCGGGUUUUUUUUCCUGCUUGAGGCAGGAAAGUGCUUUUAGGGAACGCGGCGGCGCGGGCUCGACACUGCCGUCCCCGGGGGGGGAGGAGGGCGCGGGGCCGAGCAGGGCACCCGCGCCGUCGCGGCGAUCUUCUCCGCGCAGCGCCGCCGGUGCGGGCGCGGGCGUGCGAGCCAGGCGAGGCGGCGGCGGCGGGCUGCGGCGGGGGCCGGGGAGCCUGCAACUUGUUUACAGCCGCCCGGGAUGGCGGAGGCCGGCGGCUCGGGUCCGCCUCGCCACCCGAGCGUGCGCCGAUCUGCGCUCAUGGGCUACUGUCUGGUCCACGCUCGCGUCCUGGGCCCGGCGGAGCCGGCCUCGCGCAGCGGCGGCGGGGCGGGGGAAGUAGAGGCCGGCGGGGGUGGGGAUCGGGAAGCGCAGGAGCGGAGGCAUCCGCUGAGCGCCCCGCCAGCCGCCGGCCGGAGGAGGAGGCAAACUUGAGAGCCGCGGGGCCAGGGGCGCGCUGGCGGAGGGAAAACUUUAAUCGCCUUCUCGGGAGAAUAGGAAAAGAAAAAAAAAAAAAAACAAGAAAAAAAGAAAAAAAAAUCCCAAAGACAAAAAAGUGCAUGUGUUUGGGGGUUUUUAGGACCCGAACCUCGCGAUCGGAUCCGAUCCGAUCUCGGCCCACCGCGGGGCCGUGAGAGAAAGUUGACCAGCGGGCCGGCUUUCUCCGCGCCGGGCCGAGGUGUCUGUCCGUCUGUCCGUCCGCGCUCCGACACUACAGGGCUGGGAGUUCCAGCCGCACUGCCGGGUCGCGUGGGUCAGGGCUCUUGCCCCACCCUUCCACGGGGACACGAAGAGCCUUAAAAGAAGUUUUGGGGGUACACAGCAGUUCUGAAGGCCACCAGACAGUUCCGUCUUUCACCACUGCCUCGAGGUUACAAAAUAAAUCAUGACUGAAUCUGCAUCUAGCACAAGUGGUCAAGAGUUUGAUGUGUUCAGUGUUAUGGACUGGAAGGAUGGAGUUGGUACCCUACCAGGAAGUGAUUUAAAGUUUCGGGUAAAUGAGUUCGGAGCUCUGGAAGUUAUCACAGACGAAAGCGAGAUGGAAAGCGUCAAGAAAGCAACGGCCACUACCACGUGGAUGGUCCCAACCGCUCAGGACGUCUUUUCAGAGAAGACCGGAGCAUCCUUCAGGCUGAAGGAGCAGUCGACGAAGGCGGACGGGCUUCAGUUUUGUGAGAACUGUUGUCAGUAUGGCAACGGAGAUGAAUGCCUUUCUGGAGGGAAGUAUUGCAGCCAGAGUUGUGCUCGACAUGCCAAAGACAAAGAUCAGAAGGAAGAUCGGGAUGGAGGCGAAGACAAUGACGAGGAGGAUCCUAAGUGUAGUCGGAAGAAAAAACCAAAAUUGUCUCUGAAGGCUGACUCCAAGGAGGAUGGAGAAGAGAGAGAUGAUGAAAUGGAGAACAAACAAGAUGGAAGGAUCCUGAGGGGUUCUCAGAGAGCCAGGAGGAAAAGACGUGGGGAUUCAGCUGUCUUAAAGCAGGGCUUGCCUCCUAAAGGCAAGAAAACUUGGUGCUGGGCAUCGUACCUGGAGGAGGAGAAGGCUGUGGCAGUGCCUACGAAGCUUUUCAAAGAGCACCAGUCCUUCCCAUACAACAAAAAUGGAUUCAAAGUCGGCAUGAAGCUAGAAGGCGUGGACCCUGAGCACCAGGCCAUGUACUGUGUCCUCACUGUGGCUGAGGUUUGCGGAUAUAGGAUAAAGCUUCACUUUGAUGGGUAUUCUGAUUGCUAUGACUUCUGGGUGAACGCAGAUGCUCUGGACAUCCACCCAGUAGGCUGGUGUGAGAAGACGGGACAUAAGCUCCGCCCUCCCAAAGGGUAUAAAGAAGAAGAAUUUAAUUGGCAGUCCUACCUUAAGACGUGCAAAGCCCAGGCUGCUCCCAAGUCAUUAUUUGAAAAUCAGAACAUAACCGCAGUCCCAUCAGGCUUUCGAGUUGGAAUGAAGCUCGAGGCUGCAGACAAAAAGAGCCCUUCCGUCAUCUGUGUUGCUACGGUAACGGAUAUGGUGGACAAUCGUUUCCUGGUACAUUUUGACAACUGGGAUGAGAGCUAUGACUAUUGGUGUGAGCCCAACAGUCCACACAUCCACCCAGUGGGCUGGUGUAAAGAACAUAGAAGAACCCUCAUCACCCCACCAGGCUAUUCGCACGUGAGACACUUUUCCUGGGAUAAAUAUUUAGAAGAGACCAAUUCUUUACCCGCGCCUGCAAGAGCUUUCAAAGUGAAACCUCCACAUGGAUUCCAGAAGAAAAUGAAGCUGGAAGCUGUAGACAAAAGAAACCCGCUGUUCAUCAGAGUAGCGACCGUCGCGGACACGGAUGAUCACCGGAUAAAAGUUCACUUUGAUGGGUGGAGCAGUUGCUAUGACUACUGGAUCGAUGCAGACUCUCCUGAUAUUCACCCUGUGGGCUGGUGUUCCAAGACCGGCCACCCGCUUCAGGCUCCGCUGAGCUCUGCAGAAUUAAUGGAGCCGUCAGAAACUGGGGGCUGUCCAACCCUAGGCUGCCGGGGCGUUGGUCACUUUAAAAAAUCGAGGUACCUGGGCAAUCAGAGUGGUGCCAACUGUCCCUAUUCAGAAAUCAACUUGAGUAAAGACCGCAUCUUCCCAGACCGCCUAAGUGCUGACACGUCUCCCUCUCCUCCCACAUACCCAAGAAGUAGAAGGACAGACAUCAACGAAAGUUCCUUGACUCCUGAAACCAGGGAAAAGCAUGCCAAUAAUGGCAAAGAAGAUUCUGAAAGGAGAAAAGAAAAUGAAGUAAAGACAUCAGCGGAAGCCAAAGUUGUUCGGGAAGAGCAUACCCCUAGCGUACAGAAAACUCAGCCUCCUCAGCAAAUACAGCAAGUACCACAUGCUCAACCACCUCAGCAGGCACAGAAGGCUCCGCAGGCCCAGCAGGCCCAGCAGGCUCAGCAGGCACAGAAGGCUCCACAGGCCCAGCAGGCCCAGCCAGCCCAGCAGGCACAGCAGGCUCAGCAGGCACAGCAGGCUCCACAGGCCCAGCAGGCCCAGCAGGCUCCACAGGCCCAGCAGGUCCCACAGGCCCAGCAGGCCCCACAGGCCCAGCAGCCUCAGCAGUCCCAGCAGCCUCAGCAGGCCCCACAGGCCCAGCCCAGCCAGCAGCAGGCCCAGCGCCGCUCUGCUGUAUUCCUUUCCUUCAAGCCCCCAAUUCCAUGUCUGCCCUUGCGCUGGGAGCAGCAGAGCAAGCUUCUUCCAACCGUCGCUGGAAUCCCAGCUAGCAGAGUUUCCAAAUGGAGCACAGACGAGGUGUCAGAAUUCAUUCAGAGCUUGCCUGGGUGUGAAGAACAUGGAAAGGUGUUUAAGGAUGAGCAAAUUGAUGGAGAAGCCUUUUUACUCAUGACCCAAACAGACAUUGUUAAAAUUAUGAGCAUCAAGCUGGGCCCAGCUCUCAAAAUUUUCAAUUCUAUUCUGAUGUUCAAAGCCGCGGAGAAGAAUUCCCACAACGAACUGUGAAGACGGUGAAUCUUGGCGCCAUCGGCUUCUGCUUUAUAGUCCAUUAUGUUCCUUCAAAGCACAAGGACAGCUCCAGCUCCGAGUGAGAAAGAAGGCUUCAGGAUUCACAGGAGCAGCACUCCGGGGCCACAUCUGUCCCUCCAGCUGCGUACAUAUUCUUAGGAGAUGCCUGAGCUUCUUACCAGCAACUGCCCAACAACGGUCGCCUUUUGGUUCCGCUCACUGAGCUAAACUUACCUUUGUAAACUUACCUUUUUUUGGAUGUGGGAGGAGGGUGGGGGAAGGGAGCUUCGUUAUUUAUGGAUGGGGAAAUCAGAACUUUUGGCAUUUUGUAAACAUUAUCGGAGUCUCUUUCAUGUAUACCUUCUUUUUGUUUGUUUGUUUUUCAAUACUUUCAAGAACCUUUUUAUAUAACUGAAUCUCAACCUAAACCAAAUCUUUUGAACUUGGCUGGGUUUAGCCUGGGACUGGUGUCAGUCACGUUCGCCCUGUGCCAUAUUUGGAAUUGCAGCAUUAGCCAAGUAUAACCAACGUUGUGAGUCACGAUAUUGCCUAACUGUGUGUCAUCCUCUGUUGGGACUGAAGAGUUGUAAAUACAACCUUUCUUUAAAUCCAUGUUUUUACUUUUGCACGCAUCAUGAAUUGUUAAAGUACUUUUCACCAGCAUCUUUACCGUUAUUAUUACCAAAAAAAAAUGUACAUAAAAGAAUGGAAUUGAAGAAUAAACUAUAUAAACCUACUUAGAUUUGAAGGAAGUAGUGUAUCUGGACGGAAUCAAUUUUGUACAUCAUGGUGCCGCUGUGUUUCCAGCCGUUGGCAUCAGAGGAUUGUGCAGUUACAUAUCCCAAGGGAUGCUGAUGGGGACUUUGAUUUGUGACGUCAUUGUGUGCAUCUCUGUAAAUGACAUGGAGGUAGCUGGUGCUUUACCGAAGAGGACUCACUGGUUGCUGGAAACACUAACCCUUCAAGAGCUCCCAUCCGUCCCACAGGUCCUCUGGAUUUCCUCCAAGUGAACUGAGAAUCACAGAGAGGAUCUGACUGCACAGACCUGGUGUGACCGUCACACCAACAGACACAGAGUUCUCCAUGCUCACAGGCUGAGAAGGUGGUUCCCGAAGCCAUGAUUCCGGAACCUCCCAUGAGGAAAAGAUUCCUUUUCCUAUAAAAUAUUUUGCCUUGAUUUUUAAGCAUCUGGAUGCACUUUAAAAGGAGAGCCCGUGGUUAUUUAUAAACUCAUAGCUGGCAGUGUUUCGUUUGUAAGCGUGCACUUCUAAGGGGAAGGUAAAAUAUUGUGUCAGUCUUUGGAUGUGCUUUCUAAUUCCACGAUUAGACAUUUACCCAAGGACUGAUUUAAAAAUAGAAAAGUUUAGUAGCAUGCUGUCAGAACUCUGGGGAAAGUCCCACCUCUUUCUGUAAACUCUUAAAUGUUUUUCUGGUGUAGGACUUCCUUUGAUGUGCCAUAGUAGGAGUCCUUUGCAUUUGUCAUGAUUCAAGGUAAACAGGGUCCGUGACAUCUGCAAUGUCCUCUUCAUUUCUCUGCAUGAAUCUGCUAAAUGAGCUUUUUACUGUUACUCCCCCCCCUUCUUUGUCGUGGUCAGUAUUUGUACAAUAACUUGCACUUGUUACAUGUGAUAUGGAUGAAAUAAAAUCUUAAUUGCAGAUUCUUUUUA